AUGAGCUCGGGCCUCCUGAGUCAACCACAACACUGUGGUGGACGACUGGACGCUGGAGGCUGUUGUUCUUAUUACACCGAGUGUGUUUUUGAUCAAGAAAAAAAGUGCUUGUGGAAUAUUGUCUUGGAAUUUGAAAUGGCAAUGAGUGGGAGUUCACCAGCCAUGAUGAGGGGCUCCUACACGGGCCAGAUGGUUCCAACGUCACAGUCAGGCAGCCAAGGUGUGCAGCAAGGUGGUGGGGAAUCAUCCCAGACACAACCCCACCCACAAAGGAAUACAGCAUUUUUGUGUAAGGCCAGCUGCGAAACUGUUCAAGAAAUUGUCCUGAGAACUAGUGAGGUUUUUUCUCAUCUAAAGAAUAUGCCACUUCCAAAUGGUUCUAAUCAAGGCACACAGUUAAGUACUGAAAAAAAAAUGCGGAUCCAAGAAAAUCUCAAUGCCAUUCAGCGUCACUUCAAACCCCUCAGAGCCGUUUACAUCCGUGUUAAUGAUGACUGUGCAGGGAUGGAAUAUACUCAUAUAGAGAGCUUAAUUCCUUACAAGGACGAGGCAGACAACAGGGCAGACUACAAGAAAAUUGGUGAAAACUAUCGUCAUCUUGUGGAGGAAUCUAGGGAACUCAAGGAGCAACUAUACCUAAAAGCCCGAUACAUGAAGGAGAUUAUAGACCAGUUGCGCACGAUCAUCUGGGAAGUGAACACCAUGUUGGCGAUGAGCAACACCUAGUGUAUUUCUUCCUAGUAACUUUGAAGUUUUAACAGAAUGUUAAUUUAGGUUCUAUAAUCACUAUAGUGAUUAAAAAAUAUUAAAUUUUCAAGUGACCCAUUGGUCCAGUUUCUUGAAAACCUGCAUUAUACAAUAUUACAUCCAAUGUUUAGUAUAUUACAGUUCUGUAUUUUAUAAAUCAUGUCUCCAUCUUGAAUAUUUUA